UAUAAAGCCGCCGUUGGCGUUUUAACAGCAGUGCGUCCACUUCUCCAAAAAAUAAAAAAAGAUGCAGAGUUCCCCGAAGCCGCAGUUCGCCGGCUGGCUGAUAGAGCAAGUGGAGACGGGGCAGUAUGCGGGUUUGCGCUAUGUGGAGUCAAACAAAUUCAGAGUCCCCUGGAAGCACAACUCAAGGAAGGAUUGUAAUGACGAGGACAGUAAAAUAUUCAGGGUGCCUACGGUCGUAUGUCCUCAUGUGAUCCUGAUGCCCUCAUGUUUUCCACCUUUCCUUGGUUCACAGGCAUGGGCGGUUGCAAGUGGUAAAAUUAAUGAGUUUCCCAAUGACAAAGCCAAGUGGAAAACCAACUUCCGCUGUGCCCUUAACAACCUCACCAAGCGCUUCAGGAUGAUCAAGGAUAACUCCAAGAAUUCAGAGGACCCCCAUAAAAUCUACGAGAUUAUUAACACAGAGUAUAAUUAUGAAAGUCAGCCCAUAGAGGACUCUGCUGAUGACUUUGAUAUGACUCCAGACAUUCGCAGUUCUCCCAUAGAAUGCUUCACCUCGGGCACUGAGCACAUACUAUUUGAUAAAUUCAUGACCUUGGAUCUCACCGAUCAACAAGCGGAGCAGCAGUGGUCAGAGAACUAUGCCCAGCACAAUCCAGCGGUUCCCAGCAGCUACCCGGCCAUUCAGUCUACAACAGCCGAGCCCCUACCGGUUUCACAGAACCACACACUACUACUACCAGCACAGCUGCCUUACUACCAGCAAAAUCCAGAACCGGUGCUUCAGUCAUCUCUCCAGCCGUCGAUUCAAGACCUGGAAAUCUCCAUCCAUUACAGGGGAAGAGAGAUGCUGAAGAUCCCCAUGUCCUGUUCCCGUCUCCAGUUCCACUACCAACAUGAGGCCCCUGAACUCAAUGCUCACAGCCUCUGCUUCCCCACCACUGAAACCCUGCUAGACCGAAAACAGAUUGAGUACACCAACCGCAUCCUUUCCAGCAUCCAGAGAGGUCUCCUCCUGGAGGUACGGGACACUGGUAUCUAUGCCUGCAGGCAGGACAGGUGCCAUGUGUUUUCCAGCAUCUCCCCCAAUGCAGCUCACCCAGAUCCAAGGAAGCUGCCACAAAGCGUAAUGGUGGAACUCCUUAGUUUUGAGAACUUCAUAAAUGAACUGAAGCACUUUAAAGAGAACAAUGGUGGCUCUCCUAAUUACACCGUCAACAUGUGCUUUGGAGAGAAGUUCCCUGAUGGAAAGCCCCCGGAGAAAAAACUUAUUGUCGUCAAGGUGGUUCCCCUGAUCUGUAGAUACUUUCACGAGAUGGCCCAAAUGGAGGGAGCAUCGUCUCUUCACAGUGCCAACUUGAGCUUGCAGAUCUCCAACGACAACCUCUUCGAUCUCAUCAGUUCUGUCUUCAGUCUACCAGCUGCCGACGAGCUGCUGCUGGCUGUUUGACUCUUAAGACUAAAUCCUCCAUUUUCAUCUUUAACGGCACCUUGUUGGAGUUAAGUGUCUCUUGGUUUUUUUGGGUCCAAUGUUAAAACAAAUAUCCUUGUUUAAUAUAUGAGUAGUUCUCAAACAGUAAUAAGUAAGCAACUGUUGAAAUUGAUGUUGCUCCUUUUGUCACACUGUCAAAAUAGUUUUGAAGUUGUCCAUUUGUCUGGAUGUUGUUGAAUGUCAUUUACUGAGGUCAAAGACACAGAAAAUGUUGGGUUUUUUAUAUGAUUUGGAGACAGUGAUAUUAUAUAUAUAAUUAUAAUGUAAAUGUGAAAUUAAUGUCUUAAAUGUAAGAUAUUAUAUAUAAUCUUGUAACGAGGCAAAGGGAACUAGCCGGCUCCAAGUUUUCUCUCAAAGCCUUGUGGGUGAUCUCUUCUGAGCACUUAAAAAUGUGAGCUUUUCAAAUUCAGAUAGCUUCAUCGCAAUUGAAUUGUGUCUACUGAUAGUAUUUUGCACUAAAGAACCUUUUUUCCUCCGCUGGUUGUGACCCUGUACUAUGCUGGCGAUUGUUUCACUAAAUACUGCACACCAAAACUACUGUCCCAACAUUGUUAGGAUUUCAAAUAGUGUUUAACACUUCCUCACUUUUUUCACUUGUUAAUCAUUUUCAUUAAGCUACUUUACAUGUCUGAAAAUGCCAUGCUAUUGGAGUAGACAGUGGCUAUUCAAAGCAAUACUGAGGAGGGCAUGUGCAUAACUUACUGAGUAAAAAACAUACCCAGAGCUCAAAUAAAUUCCCAUCAGUUGUUUAUCCUC